AUGGCCAACGUCGGAGCGCUGAGAGAAGCUGUUCGUACAUCUAAUAUUUCUUUGGUCAAGCGAUUGGUUAAAGGAGGAGUCUGUGUAGACGAAAGGUUAUGGUAUGGUCGCACAUUAUUACAGGAAUGUGUCACACUUAGUGAUGAGGAUAUGGUUAAAUCCCUCAUUGAAUAUGGUGAAGCAGAUGUGAAUACACAAAAUGAUGAUGGCAAAACAGCCUUACACAUAGCCUCCAGGGCAGGUUCUCUCAACAUUGUAUCCCUUUUGCUUGAAGCUGGAGCACGUACUGAUACACAAUGUCUUGAUGGUACAACUUCUCUGCAUUUAGCCAUGUGGAAAAAUAAAUCCCAGGUUGUGGCAAGAUUGAUAAAAGCAGGUGCAAACCCUAAUCUUCAAGACCAAGAUCACUGGACCCCACUUCACUGGGGUGUUCAGAGCUGUAAUUUGGACCUUGUUAAGCUGUUGGUUGAAAAUGGUGCUAACAUGGAUAUUGUCAAUAAGUCAUUACUGACACCUUUUACUUUGUCCGUGGAGAUUUGUUGCUUUCCCAUUGCAAAGUACAUGCUGUUCAUGGGUGCAGGUGUUCGGACAAUCAAUGAUACCAAAAAGACUCCCAAAAGUGUAAUUUCUCUGCUGUUGCGUCCUGAAGUUGCAAAAGAAGACGGACAGCAGUCUGUACUUCGCGGCUGGAGAGUGUUGAACGCUUGUUGUAGUGGGCCAGACGACUGGCUUCAGCAGCAAUCCUCUCAAAAGAUCGUUGACAAAGCUGUUCAUGAUAGACAUCGCUUUGCUGGAGACACCAGUAUCGGGAUGGACCUGCUUCAGUACUUUGUAAAUGUAGAUGGAGUAGCUUUCCUUCCUCUUCUUUCUCUUCUUCUUACCAUCACGGGCAGCCUUAGCUUGGCCGGCUUUCUUUGCACCUUUAGAGCUAACUUUAGGAGGCAUUUUCAAUUCGUUACGAAUCAAACUAUGUUUCCCGUCGGUCGUAUCCAUCGUCUCCUACGUAAAGGAAACUAUUCCCAGAGAGUCGGUGCCGGUGCUCCAGUCUACUUAGCAGCCGUUAUGGAAUAUUUGGCCGCCGAGGUUCUCGAGUUGGCAGGAAAUGCUGCCAGAGACAACAAGAAAUCCAGAAUCAUCCCCCGUCACUUGCAACUGGCCAUCCGUAAUGACGAAGAAUUGAACAAGCUGUUGUCCGGAGUCACCAUUGCUCAGGGUGGUGUCCUUCCCAACAUCCAGGCUGUUCUUCUGCCCAAAAAGACCCAAAAGAGUGCUAGCACUAAAUAA